AUGAAUGGAACGGACCAAACAUUUCUGGGUUUCCACAACCGUCUGAACCACCGUCUUCAAAGAUCACAUUCAAAUAUUUGGUCUUUUAUCAAAUGUCUCCAAGGUGAAGAAGCAAAAUUUCGACAUACGUUAUUACAAACUAAUGCUGGUGCUCAAGGUCGCUCAAAAGCUGCAACUACAACUGCAAUACAACAACGUAUUAAUACUUUAAACGAACGUUAUGCAAAUAAUGAAAUUGUCCUUAAUGAAUUAUUAGAUGGUUUGUCGUUAACUGUAGCAAAAUAA